AGACCAUUGAGAUAUCUGUGUCGCGAAUUGCCGGAGCUGCUUCGAAUCGAACAUGUCUGACGGAACCCCCAAGCCCUCUGCCCUCGCGGCCAAGGUGGACAAGAAGCGCAAGCGACAGGCCGAGGACUCCAAGCCGAGCGACGCAAAGCCGGCUGGCACUGGCGAGGCCCCGAACAAGAAGCGCAAGGACAACAAGAACGGCAAGGAUAGAAAGAGCAAGGGCAAGAAGAACAACAAGGACAAGGGGGAUGCGAAGCCCGCCAAGCUUACCGAUACCAAGGCCACCGAGACCAAGGGCGGACUUGAUGAGGCGAUUGGAAAGAUGGACGGCCGGUUGUUCGCCGAUCACUUUGCGCAAAAGGCCAAGCGGCAUAACAAGGAGCUGAGUGCGGUGGAGUUGAGCGAUCUGUCGGUUCCAGACUCCGCCUUCCUCGAUACAUCGUCGUUCGAACAGACUAGAAACUUGGAGCAGCUGCCUGCGUUCUUGAAGGCGUUCAGUCCGAAUAAGGGAGCCGGACUGGCCAAGGCAUCAGAGGAGAAGGGUACCCCGCAUACACUGGUAGUCUCUGGAUCUGGGCUCAGAGCGGCCGACGUCGUCAGAGCCCUCCGGUCAUUCCAGAACAAGGAGUCCAUUGUCGGCAAGCUAUUCGCCAAGCACAUCAAAUUGGAGGAGGCCAAGCAGUUCCUGGAGCGCGCACGCACGGGUAUCGGAGCCGGCACUCCUGCUCGUAUCUCUGACCUAAUUGACGCGGGCUCCCUCAAACUGGGUGAACUCGAGCGCAUCGUCAUCGACGGAUCCCACGUGGACCAGAAGCAACGAGGCAUCUUCGACAUGAAGGAGACGCAUCUCCCGUUGCUGCAGCUGCUGACCCGGCCUGAAUUCCGGGAGCGGUACGGCGCGACGGAGAAGAAGAUUCAGAUCUUGGUCUUUUAAGCGAUUGUCUGGGGGCGUUAUAAACGGCUGGUAUCGUUUAUCUAUUGUAUACAUUACGGGUUGCUCAUAGAAUAAAAGUAUUUAGUCACUUC